AUGAGUUUAUAUUGUAAAAUUCCCACUUUCAGCUUCAUGUGUUUGUCCUGUAACAGGGAAGAUGGAGGCUGGUGGAGAAGCUGGUUACAACAAAGCAUACAAACUGUCAAAGAGAAGUCCACAGAGGCCUUGGAGUUCAUGAAACGGGACUUGACCGAGUUCAGCCAGGUGGUCCAGCAUGACACAGCCUGCACCAUCGCGGCCACCGCCAGCGUGGUCAAAGAGAAGCUGGCUACAGAGAGUUCUUCAGGUACAACAGAGAAAGUGAGGAAAGGGCUCUCCAACUUCCUGGGUGUCAUCUCAGACACGUUUGCACCUUCGCCAGACAAGACUAUCGACUGUGAUGUCAUAACUCUGAUGGCGACCCCUUCUGGGACCACCGAGUUGUACGACAGUGCCAAGGCCCGGCUAUACAGCCUUCAGUCUGACCCAGCCACCUAUUGCAACGAACCAGAUGGACCAUCUGAGCUCUUUGAGGCCUGGCUAUCACACUUCAACCUAGAGGAGAAGAAAAAGGAGGUCUCAGAGCUGCUGGGGAGCAGCCCGUCCAUCCGAUCGCUCUACACCAAAAUGGUCCCAGUGGCUGUGUCCCACUCAGAGUUCUGGCAGCGCUACUUCUAUAAAGUCCAUCAGUUGGAGCAGGAGGAAGUCCGAAGGGAGGCUCUGAAGCAGCGGGCUGAGCAGAGUGUUCACUUUGAGGAGCCCGGCUGGGAGGAGGAGGAGGAGGAAUUUCUUGGGUCAUCACCAGCCCCCCAAUCUCACGUCAGCUUGCAGUCUCUCCAAGAGAUGAAGCCAUCCUCCCCCAUCUCUGCAGAAUUUGUCACUUCGACUCUGGAGGCAUCUGUGGAGAGCUGGGCAAUGCUGAGCACCCCAGCGGAGGUGACCCCGUCGGAAAGCAGCGAGAGCGUCUCCUUGGUGACUCAGAUCGCAAACCCCCUGGCCGUGCCUACCGCCCCUUUACAGACUGGAGCCCAGCUCUUUGGGGCAGGAGACCUCUCUCAGAGGCUGCAGGAAGCGAGCGCGGAAGAGCCGGCCUCAUCGCCAAAGCCCGAGGAGCCCGUGCGACCUCCUCCAGCCUUGCAGGAGGUGAAGUCUUCUCAGGAGAAGCCCAAGGAGCAAUCGGAGAGCAAGCUAUCAAACAGGAUAGAAACCGCGCGGGAGGACGGACUCACGGAUCUGCGAGUCUUUGAGCUCAACUCGGACAGCGGGAAGUCCACACCCUCCAAUAACGGGAAGAAAGGCUCCAGCACGGAUGUCAGCGAGGACUGGGAAAAGGACUUUGACUUGGACAUGACGGAGGAAGAGGUGCAGCUGGCCCUCUCCAAGGUGGACGUCUCUGAGGAGCUGGAAGAUGAAGAGUGGGAGAACUGGGAGUAGCAGCCAUCGCUCCCCGCGCUGUGCAUCCUGGGCUCAUCCCUUGCCCCGCCCCUUCCUCCGCACCAUCCAAUGUGAAUUAAAUCACAAAGCAACUGGUCUCUCUUCCUGUGUAAAUGUGUUCCAGGCUGGAUGCAUCUCAUCUCUGCUAAA